AAAUCGAAAGAAAUUUGCAAAAAUUAGACUUUGGCCAAAAGUCUAACCUGGAUAAACUCGCAAGCGGAAUGUUAAGCAUAGACAUACAACUACCCAUUACCAGCCAUGCCAAGAUGGCAAACAAAAUACUAGCCCUAUUAUACUCACAGAUAUGGAUUCCAAGCUCCAGUAACACCUACCCAUCAAAAGCUAUCUCAAAUGACAAAAAUUUACUAACAUUAAUAAUAGAAGUUACGGAUCCACAGACAAAUUACAGCAGUA